AUUCCUUGUAGCCCACCAGCGAGUCCUGCUGCUGCUGCAUGUCUGGCAGCACCUCUGGAUGAGCACAUGACUCUUGAUAUGGAUGCAGUCCUGUCAGACUUUGUUCGGUCCACAGGGGCAGAACCAGGUCUGGCAAGAGACUUACUGGAAGGCAAGAACUGGGACCUGACGGCGGCUCUGAGUGACUAUGAGCAGCUCCGGCAGGGCCACACGGCCAACCUGCCCCGGGCCUUCAACGAGGGCAGGGCCGCUGCGGCAGGAGCCAGAGAGCCGGAUGGCAUGGCCCAAGGUGAGCGGCCCUGCCUGCACAGGCAGGAUGACAUGGCCCAAGAAAAGCGCCUUUCCAGAGGUAUUUCCCAUGCCAGCUCAGCCAUAGUGUCCCUCGCUCGAUCCCAUGUAGCAAACGACUGCAGCAAUGAGCAGUUUCCUUUGGAGAUGCCCAUCUACACAUUCCAACUGCCCGACCUCAGCGUGUACAGCGAGGACUUCAGGAGCUUCAUCGAGCGCGACCUGAUCGAGCAGGCGACCAUGGUGGCCUUGGAGCAGGCAGGCCGACUCAACUGGUGGUCCACAGUGUGCACGAGCUGCAAACGCCUGCUGCCCCUGGCCACCACGGGGGAUGGGAACUGCCUCCUGCACGCUGCCUCUCUGGGGAUGUGGGGAUUCCACGACCGGGACCUGGUGUUGCGGAAAGCUCUCUACACCAUGAUGAGAAGUGGAGCUGAGAGGGAAGCACUGAAAAGGAGAUGGAGAUGGCAACAGACCCAGCAGAAUAAGGAGUCAGGGCUGGUGUACACAGAGGAGGAGUGGGAGCGGGAGUGGAACGAGCUGCUCAAACUGGCAUCGAGUGAGCCCCGGACACACUUCAGCAAGAACGGAGGCACCGGUGGGGGAGUGGAUAAUGCAGAAGACCCAGUGUAUGAGAGCCUGGAAGAGUUCCAUGUUUUUGUCUUAGCCCACAUUUUGAGAAGACCUAUUGUUGUAGUAGCAGACACGAUGUUACGAGACUCAGGGGGAGAAGCGUUUGCACCGAUACCAUUUGGAGGAAUUUAUUUGCCACUUGAAGUUCUCCCAAACAGAUGCCAUUGCUCACCUCUUGUGCUGGCCUAUGAUCAGGCCCAUUUCUCUGCUCUUGUUUCCAUGGAACAAAAAGACCAACAGAGAGAACAAGCCGUGAUCCCCCUGACUGACUCUGAACACAAGUUACUGCCUUUGCACUUUGCGGUCGAUCCUGGGAAAGACUGGGAGUGGGGAAAAGAUGACAAUGAUAACACCAGACUGGCCAAUUUGAUUCUGUCUCUUGAGGCAAAGCUUAACCUUCUGCACAGCUACAUGAAUGUAACAUGGAUACGCAUCCCUUCCGAGACACGGCAGGCCCCUUUGGCUCAACCAGAAUCCCCUACAGCUUCAGCUGGGGAAGACGUGCAGUCUCUGGCUGACUCAAUGGACUCGGACCGAGAUUCCAUCUGUAGUAAUUCCAAUGGCAAUAAUGGCAAAAACAGUAAAGAAAAAGAAAAGGACAAACAAAGGAAAGAUAAAGACAAAACCAGGACGGAUUCAGUUGCCAAUAAAAUAGGAAGCCUCAGUAAAACCUUGGGAAUUAAACUGAAAAAGAACAUGGGUGGUCUUGGAGGGCUGGUGCACGGCAAAAUGAGCAGAGCCAAUUCAGGGAAUGGAAAAAAUGGGGACACAGUAGAGAAGGUCAAAGAGAAGAAGUCAAAGUCUCGAAAAGGGAGCAAAGAGGAGUCGGGCCAGUCUGCGAGCACGUCUCCGUCGGAGAAGACCACCCCGUCCCCCACGGACAGAGCCAGCAGCUCCCCCACGGACAAGGGCAGCGCCAAACCCUUUCCUGACAAGCAGGCUGACCCCUGGAAGUACAGCACUGAUGUGAAGCUCAGCCUGAACAUUCUGAGAGCUGCCAUGCAGGGCGAACGGAAGUUUAUUUUUGCUGGCCUUCUUUUGACCAGUCACAGGCAUCAGUUCCACGAGGAGAUGAUUGGUUAUUACCUGACCAGUGCCCAGGAGAGAUUCAAUGCAGAGCAGGAACAGAAGAGGAAGGAAGCUGAGAAAAAGGCCGCACUGAAUGGCUCAUCUAGUAGGAAACUGGAGCCAGAAGCAUAUUCAAAAGAAAAAUUGGAAACAUCUCCUCAGGAUAGGGCAUCACCCGUCUUGCCUCAAAGCCAUACAACCCAGCUAGUUUUAAAGUUCAAAGACCGCACUAGUCCCACCCCCGGGCCCUUCUCCUCCCCCAGCAGUGGUGCCAAGAGGAGCGGCCCCAUCCCAGUGUCUGCCCACUACAGCCAUACUCCCCCUGUCCAAAGGCAGAGUGUCAUCCAUUUGCAUGACGUCAACUCCAAGCCAUCGAGCUUCCAAGACGACACCUACAAGCCAGUGGUGGGCACCUUGAAGACCUGUGCCACCUACCCCCAGCAGAACAGGUCCCUGUCCUCCCAGAGCUACAGCCCGGCCCGGCUGCCCGGGAUCCGCACGGUGAACACGGUGGAGUCGCUGAGCUGUGCCCUGCCCGCCGAGCACAAGUCCCAGACCUACACCAACGGCUUCGACACCGCGGACAUCAGGGACUGCCUGGAGUACGCGGACGAGGACGCUCCCCAGACCUGGCUGAACAACGACAGAAACCAAGGCAGAAGCACAGUUUGCCCAAUCUACUCCAUCCAGCAGAACCGCUGUAAGAAGGAGAACUGUUCCUUUUAUGGUCGUCCUGAGACUGACAAUUACUGUUCCUACUGCUACAAGGAGGAGCUGAAGCGCAGGGAGAGGGACAGCAAGGGACACAGGCAUUGAGGAUUCUUCCUGACUACUUAGUUUUACCAUUUUCUUACUUACAAAGUAAACAGUGUUGGAUUGCAGUAAAAGGAAUCCUUAAAACAAGAAUAAAGGAUUGAUGAGUAAA